ACUGUCGCUGAAGAGCGAAGAGGAGAGAGGUAAAGAAGAGGAGAGGAAAAAUAAAAACACCAAAAUGGUGUAAAGGCGAGCAAGUCGGAGCCGAAACAGGGAUGAGAGAGGGCGGCAGUCGGAGGACUGUGGCUGUUUCACUUCAUCAUCAGUAAAGUCAGUAAAAAAAAACAAGUCCCGGUUUUUGAUGCUGUCCUCACGGAGGUCUGAGCCAGUAACGGACUUGCUGGUCGGCUGAGGCACCAUGCAGAGGCUGCUGCUCCUCAGUUUGGCUUUCAGUCUUCACACCGCAGCAGUGAGGACAGCGAGGUUCUCCCAGGAGCCGGCAGACCUUUCUGUGGUACGAGGCCAGAGGGUGAUCCUGUCCUGUGUUGUUUUCAACUACUCUGGCAUUGUUCAGUGGACCAAAGAUGGCCUGGCUCUGGGCAUCGGAGAGGACCUCCGGGCCUGGCCCAGGUACCGUGUGCUGCGGGUCCAGGAGCUGGGUCAGUACAACCUGGAGAUCCUGUCGGCAGAGCUGUCUGAUGAYGCGCUGUACGAGUGCCAGGCCCCUGACGCUGCGCUGAGGUCCAGGAGAGCCAAACUCACCGUCCUCAUCCCUCCAGAUGACCCAGUGAUCGAUGGGGGUCCAGAGGUGCUGCUGAAUGCGGGUGAGUUCUACAACCUGAGCUGCGUGUCACGAGGGGCCAAACCGCCUUCAACAAUCGAGUGGCUUAAAGACGGUCUGCCUGCAGAGGGGGCCGUCAGUAUCACUGAGGUGCUUCCAGACAGGAAGAGGGUGACCACGCGCAGCUACCUUCCUAUCCACCCCAUCGACACGGACACUGGAAGGAACUACAGCUGUGUGGCCACCAACACGGCUGUUCCCUCCGGAAAAAGCACAACCGUCACCCUUAACGUGCACCAUCCACCAACAGUGACCUUGUCCAUUGAGCCUCGCUCUGUCCUAGAAGGGGACAGAGUCACCUUCACCUGCCAGGCUCAUGCCAACCCUCCCAUUAUGGGCUACAGGUGGGCUAAAGGUGGUGUGGUGCUGCAGGGCGCCAGGGAGAGUGUGUUCACCACCAAGGCUGACCACUCCUUCUUCACCGAGCCCGUCUCCUGUCUGGUUUUUAACGCUGUUGGAAAGACCAACGUCAGCAUCUUGGUGGAUGUUCACUUUGGUCCCAUCCUGCUGGUGGAGCCGCAGCCAAAAACAGUCGAUGUCGACUCUGAUGUCACCCUCAACUGUAAAUGGGCUGGAAACCCCCCGCUCACCCUCACCUGGUUCAAAAAGGGUUCCAACAUGGUUCUGAGUAACGGCAAUCAGCUCCAUCUGAAGUCGGUGACCCAGGCUGACGCCGGGCAGUACGUGUGUAAGGCCAUCGUCCCGCGAAUUGGAGUCGGAGAGACGGAGGUCACGCUCACGGUCAACGGCCCACCCAUCAUUUCCAGUGAUCCCGUCCAGUACGCUGUGAGGGGGGAGAGGGGGGAGGUGAAAUGCUACAUAGCCAGCACACCUCCUCCAGAUAAGAUCGUUUGGGCCUGGAAGGAAAACGUGUGGGAGAAAGAGAAGGGGACRCUGCUGGAGAGGUACACAGUGGAGCAAAGCAAACCAUCAGCCGAGGGAGGCGGCGUCCUCUCCACGCUCACCAUCAACAACGUAAUGGAGUCCGAUUUCCUGUCCACCUACAACUGCACAGCCUGGAACUCGUUUGGCCCUGGAACCAUGAUUAUCUCUCUGGAGGAGACUGAGGAGGUUCCAGUGGGGAUAAUAGCCGUUGGGACGGUGGGCUCCACCAUCCUCCUGUUCAUCUUCCUGCUGGUUCUUGUCCUUAUCUUCUACCGGCAGCGCAAAGGCAGCAGGCGCGGGGUCACGCUGGGUAAACCUGACAUCAAGGUGGAGACCAUAAACAAGGAGACCCACAGCUUGGAGGAGGACUCGGGCAGCGUGUCCACAGCUUCACGGAUGGUCAAGGCCAUGUACUCGUUUCUCCCUUCUGUGUCCUUUUCUCCCUCCAAUCAGCCUUUUAAAGACGAUAUCGAGCUGAAGUCUGACCUGCGCAGUGACACCCUCGACACCCGGCAGGAGUAYGACCUGAAGGAUCCCACCAAUGGGUACUACAACGUCCGAGCUUCCACUCAAGACGAAGUCCUGCCUGGGUCCCGCUCCACCAUGCAUUACUCUGACUACCGUUCCCCUGCUGGAACACCAGGGGGCGCUGCAUCUAUCAGCAGCAGCACUGGAGGUUCAGGGGCCACCGCCAGUGGAGGAGCUCCUGGUCCUCCCGGUCCCCUCACCUCACCUGGGCGCCCGCAGGCUUGUUAUGACCCCCGACCGCCGUCCAGACUGUCCCACAUCAGCUACGCCCAGUUCAACACGUUCACCCGUGCGGGUCAGAGCCAGCAGCCCCCGGCUAAUCCUGCCCCCGCAGCCAGUGACUUCCCAGGAGACUGUAGCCUCCUGGACUCCACCUCCCAGUUGGCCUACGACAACUACGGAUACCCCUCGCACUAUCAGACCUACCGCAUGGGCUUCGCACCAUCCAGCCUGGCCCCCCUGGAGGCCGGCCCSUCCUACGAGAUGUACGGGGUGGGAUCCGGGGUGGGCAGCCCCGGGGUUGGGGUCAGCCCGGGAGGCCCGGCUCCAUCUGGAUCAGAGACUGGGCUCGGCAAAUACGGCAGCUCCACUCGCUUCUCCUACACGUCGCAGCACUCUGACUACUCACACAGCCGACACACACAAAGAAUGCAGACUCACGUUUGAAAAGCAAACACCUCAUCAUACUAAAAACACACACACACACAUUUCCCCGCACACAUUCCCACCAGACACGAACACAUCUCACACAGACAUGCACAACGUCAGAAAACYUUACCCGUCAGAAGAAACACAGAGAGCAAAAAAAAUAAAAAUAAAAAAAUAAAAACAACAAAAGAAGUUUGAAAACUAGGGUGGAAAAUGAAGUUUUAGCGAGGCAGGAAAGGGGAAAUUUCAGUUUCUAGAAUUUCCCUAACGCGUUUGAACAUCUGAGCUCUGAGAGAGCGAAGAGCGCGUCACAAUCAAGGCUGGAGAAGCAGAGAGAGGACAAGAGAUGACAGAUCCGUGGAGCCCUUAGCCUUUUCUAUGAUCUAACAUUGUAAAGUGGAACUGACUGUCAAACGUGGUACGCCCUGAUCAGAAGAAACCUCAGCCAGUGGAAGCCAUUUCUGGCCACCAUUUGUACUUUUCUUUUAGCUGAUUGUCUUAUUCAGUGAUCAUAGAGCACAUAUACAGUAUAUAGUAUCCCAGAAUGCCCGUGUGUACAGGACAGUCGGGCCCCGUUAGGCAGCGUUGGGUUGGGGGAGGGUGCUAGGGUCAAAGGGAGGGUUGACAUCAUUUUGCACUUCAUCUACAGUAUUCAUGCUUUUGAUGUCCCUUAAAUAUAUCUCUGUUACGUCUUCUGUUUAUUUGCACACCGAGACUAGAGCUUUGUAUCCUAUUUUUUAACAUUACAGAAUUAUUUUUGUCGAUGUUAAACAUCUAAUGUGUAUGUUACGGACCAAAACUUUGAACAUGAGCGCACAUAAACUGAGUGUUUUGGCUGAGAGAUCCACUGAGAGAUGGAGAGCAGAGGACAGUUGUGCCAACAAGACGUAUUUCACUUUUUUUGUAUUAAAAAAUAGGAAAAGAAAAAAAAAACAGAAAGAAA